GGCCGAAUUGAAUUUAGGCUAGACAAUUUUAAGUUUCCUGGUAAAUUCAUUGGAAAUCAUUUGGAAAGAUGGCAGAUGAGGCUACAGCUGUUACGAAGUUUGAAGACGAAGAUGUGGAAAAUUUCCUAGAGACUGCCGUUGAGGUGGCUAGAAAUGCUGGCCAGGUAGUUAAGGCAGCAUUUGCACUUGAGAAGAGGGUAGAAACCAAAAGUUCAGCAGCAGAUCUAGUCACAGAAACUGAUCAGAAUGUGGAGAAAAUGAUCAUAGGCACCCUACGAGAAAAAUUUCCAGAUCAUUGUUUUAUAGGCGAGGAGAGCGUAGCUGCCGGUCAGAAGAUAGAGCUGACGGAUGCCCCUACAUGGAUCAUCGAUCCUGUUGACGGAACCACCAACUUUGUCCAUAGCUUUCCUUUUGUUGCUGUUUGCAUUGGUCUGGCCAUCAACAAAAACCUAGUUGCAGGAGUGGUAUACAAUGCUAUCUUAGAUGAAAUGUUCACUGCCAUCAAAGGCAAAGGGGCUUAUUGCAAUGAUGCUCAGAUCAACUGCUCCGGUCAAGAAGACAUCAAACAGUCACUGGUGAUGACAGAGAUAGGGUCAAGUAGGAAGGUAGAGCACAUCACAGCUAAGCUGAAGAACAUCGAGGACAUACUUCGGACAGGUGUUCAUGGUAUGAGGUCGCUUGGUUCUGCUGCCCUCAACAUGUGCCAUGUAGCUCGUGGUGACAGCGACCUCUAUGUUGAAUAUGGUAUUCAUUGUUGGGAUAUGGCUGCGGCUGCUGUUAUCCUUGAAGAGGCCGGGGGAUAUUGUGCAGAUCCUAAAGGUGGCCCCUUGGAUAUCAUGUCCAGACAGAUCAUUUGUGGGAGCAGCGUAAAGCUGGUGGAGACCGUCUCCAAACUCCUCACUCAUAUAGAGUACGAACGAGACUGAGGGCCAAUCAUCGGAGUACUACAUUUUAUGCUGUACAUACAUGUAGAAGAUGAACUUUGGAAAAAAUAUAUUUGGUAAUUCAUGUAUAUAUAUAUCUGGUCACUUACAUUGUAGAUAGAUAUAGCUGGUAAUGGCAUAUGUUAGUCUUUAUCAUGUAGAAAAAUGAUGUUAGAAGUGAGGUGAAGUUAAAUGUAUGUAUUUAGCUGAAGAGGAAUAGCUUUCACUGAAAUACCCAUAGUCAUAGCCAUGAAUAGUGCAGUCAAACUCAAAGACUCUCCUAUAAGGGAGUUUACAGAUACAAUCUGCGCGUGGGCAGAUAAAGGUAAUUCGUACCAAAAAGGUAAAAC